UCGCGCGAAGUAUUGCAGAAUACCCAUAAAAGCGGCGGUGGUUGUCUUUCGAUGAAAAUCAUUAUUACGGUUUCUUUUGUUCUAUUCUUGUACUAAAUUCUUUCAAAAGUGAUCGAUGAUUUGUGAUAUCUCGAACAGACUUUAACUUUAUUGUGCAACAUUGAUCAAAAAUGAAUAACCAACUCUCGCAAGGAUCCCUUGAGGUUAUUAUGAAUGGCGGUCACUAUGACAAGCCAAUAAUGCAAGUGCUAGGUAGCAAGAAGAUCCAAGGCAGUGGUGCGAACGAGAGGUUCCGGCUUCUGGUGUCGGACGGCAAGCACUCGCACAGCUUCGCCAUGCUGGCGACGCAGCUUAACGACAAGCUGAUCACCGGGGAACUGUCCGACUAUUCCGUCGUGCAGAUUGACCGGUUUGUCACGUCUUUGCUGAAGAAUACGGGGAAGGGAGAGAAGAGAGUCAUGAUUAUCCUAGACUUGACUAUACUGACCCCAGGCUCACAAGUAGGCAAGAAACUUGGCAACCCUCAGACCUGGACGGAAGACAGUGCAGUAUCUGCCCCACAGCCGACAAUGCAGCCCGUGCCUCGGCCAGCACCUGCGCCGGCUCCCAUGGCUGUGUCUAAGCCUAUGGCUGCACCUUCCAUGGACUCCAGCAUGCUGUCUUCACAGAUGACACAUCCUAUUUCAAGUCUCAGCCCAUAUCAGAACAAAUGGGUGAUAAAAGCUCGCGUGAUGAGCAAGUCUCCGAUCCGCACAUGGAGCAACGCUAAAGGCGAAGGCAAACUCUUUAGCAUGGACCUGUGCGACGAGAGCGGCGAGAUCCGCGCCACCGCCUUCCGGAAUGAGGUCGACCGGUUCUAUGACAUGCUGCAGGUCGACAAAGUAUACUACAUAAGCCGCUGCCAACUAAAGACGGCCAACAAGCAAUUCACGAGCCUCAAGAACGACUACGAGAUGACGUUCUCCCCCGACACAGUCGUCUCCGAGUGCAUGGAGGACGCGUCUUCGGUGCCGACCAUCAAGUACGACUUCGUGCCUAUCAAUGAGAUCGGAAACAAGAAUACGGAUUCGCUACUUGACGUGAUCGGAGUAUGCCGCGCUGCCUCGGAUGUGCAAGAACUCACAGCCAGGAGCACGGGCAAGCUUCUCAAGAAGAGAGAAGUCACCCUCGUUGAUUCUACCGGUGGCGCAGUGGUACUGACGUUGUGGGGCGGCGAAGCAGAAAGCUUUGAUGGCAGCUCCAACCCGGUUGUGUCCGCUAAGGGGGCUCGCUUGGCGGAAUUCAAUGGCAGCAAAUCCCUAUCCUGCCUAGCAAGCACCAUGAUCCGACUCAACCCAGACCUCCCGGAGGCGCAUAAGCUGCGAGGCUGGUACGACAAUGGCGGUGCUAACAUGGACAUCGUCAACAUCUCCGCCAGAUCCGGCGCUUACGGAGGUGGUAGCGGCGAAUGGAUCACGUUCUCUGAAGCCGAAGCGAAGCAGCUGGGCUCUGGCGAUAAGGGUGACUACUACAGCCUUCUCGGCGUCCUAACUUUCACGUUUGCCGACAACGCGGUGUACAAGGCCUGUCCCCAGGAACAGUGCAACAAGAAACUGGUGGACCAGGAGAAUGGACUGUUCAGAUGCGAAAAGUGUAACAGAGAAUAUCCCAACUACAAGUACCGGCUGCUUUUAGGGGCCAACGUAUCCGACCCGACCGGCGACCAGCGCAUCACGGCCUUCAACGAGGCCGCGGAGGCCAUGAUAGGCAAGAGCGCCGCCGACGUCGGACGCAUGUUCGAAUAUGACAAGGCCGGCUACUCGGCCGUGUUUGAGGACAUCAAGUUUAGGACCUUCGUGUUCAAGUUCAGGACUAAGAUGGAGACUUACAGCGACGAAGCCCGCCUCAAGACCACGGUAAUGAACGCCGCACCCGUGGACUAUAAGGACGGCAACGCCAGACUCCUCAAAAGCAUUAAGGCCGUUACGGGCGUCGAAGUUUAGAGCUCUUUAGUUUAGGCUAGUUUUAAAACUAAUUUUAAUGGUAUUAUAAUUACUUUUUGAUCAACAUGACCUUGGCCAACAUAAGUUCUGUAUGGUGUGCUAACAUUUUUUUUGAUACAAUGUAAAAUAUAGAUUCAAAAAAAUAUAUAAGUGUAUACAAUAAAUUAGAAUGUUAAUCUAAAAGAUGUACUAUUCUUAGUUCUUGAGAAAACGUUAAUAAAUAUAUUUUGUACUAUGUUUGCCAAAUUUAUGUGGAACGAAAAAUAUUAACUGUUGCAAAUCCUUAAUGUUAAUCAAGUCUAAUACUUAUCAAGUUUGAUACAUUGAAAUCAAAAAUGUGGUUAGAUCCCAAAUAAGAUUAAUGAUUUUCAUAAUGUUACUGUUUCGUUUUAUCGUGUAGAAUGUGUGUAACACGAAAGACUGUGGUAUUAAAUAAUGUUACAAAUAUUUUUAAAACCAAUGCUGGCAUUGUUAUUGUAAUAAAAUUAUGCGAUUCCAAUCUUACAAUUCCACUAUGUGUACCUAAUAAUUAAUUAAAAUAUUUUCAUAAUUAA